CUAGAAGAGACGCGACGGAAGACGGACUUGAGCAUGGCGGGGACGAGGAUGGCCAGCAGUUACCGGCCAACCCUACUUACUCGGAGUAAGUAAUACUCGUCGUACUCCUGCAGGGUCGGGAUGCGAUGGCCGGGGUCUCUGGAUCAGAGAUGGGAGAAUGCCGAGGGGGACGGGGAGAUCUUGUGUGAUCUGCGGAGGAAGCCGAGAGUCGGUGUCGUGCUUGUGCUGGACGUCCUCCUCCUCACCGCCUAAAUACUUAGUCCCCGUCCCAGCCAUGGUCCUCUCCGACAUUCCCUCCCCUCCCCGCCGCCCUGCCCCCAUCCAUCCCCCACCAUCCUAUCCCCCCGCAGUACUCAUCCCCACAUCCACACACUCCAGCUCAUGUCUACCCCCGACGCCCCCCGUUCGCCCGCUCGCAACUCAAGGUCCCGCUCCGCCUCAGGCCCGGACGUCUUUUUCGAUAUCGAGAUCGACGGCGUCCACGCAGGUCGCAUCGUCUUCCGCCUAUUCGACUCUGUCUGUCCCAUCACCGCCCGCAACUUCCGCGAGCUCGCAACAGGCGAGAAUGGCUAUGGCUACUCUCAAUCAUACUUCCACAGAGUCGUCCCUCAGUUUAUGAUCCAGGGCGGUGACAUCGUAGAAGGCAAUGGCACCACUGGCCGCUCCAUUUACGGACCCACGUUCGCAGACGAGAACUUCCGCGUACGCCACGACCGUCCUGGUCUUCUCUCCAUGGCCAAUCGCGGCCCGCAUACCAAUUCCUCGCAGUUCUUCAUUACGACCGUUCCCGCACCAUGGUGCGACAUGCGCAAUGUCGUGUUCGGUGAGGUCAUACGCGGGAUGGACGUCGUAAAGAAGAUCGAAUCUUACGCGUCAGAUCACAUCCUCUACAAGCCCUCUGUGGACGUCCUCAUUGCCCGCUGUGGCACACUAUGAAUUCACUUUGGGCCCCUCCACAGCCCAAGCUUAGCGGCACCCGCGGACCCUGGUCUAGGCCUUGCACCAUACUCAUUUGGAUACUGCUACCGGUGCUACUGGCCCUUCUGAUGCUACACAGCCCUUGGCCGACACGACAUGUGUCGUGCCCGCUCCCACUGCCCAACCGCGCGGGCGUUAUUGUUGCCGCUAUUCUGUCUUGGUUAACCACAUUCAUUGUAACAUAUUCGCAUCGUAUCCCCGCCCUGAGUGCCCCUCGUCCCAUACGUAUCGCAUUCAGAACCGACUUCGUCGUUUUCCCUAGCCUCGGCCUCAUAUUUGUGCUCCAGCUGAUACCUCACGUACUCCCCACACGCCACGAGAACGUCUUUGUAGAAACGCGCGUUGGAACCCCGCACACUCCAAAAGUUGGCUUUAUGUAUCGUCAUGUAGUUGUACCGCAUUGCCCGGACGGCAGGCAAAUAAUAUGG